CACUCUCCAUCCUUCCCCGCCCCCUCCCCAGAGGAGCGCGCCUGCAACUCGCCGCGGGCAGCCGGGGCUGGACCGGAGUGCUCGGGCCGCUGCUCUCCAGAAGAGAUGUCGUCUUAUUUAUAAGAGUUGCUUCCAACAAGAGUCAUGGUGGAUGUAGGAAAGUGGCCAAUAUUUACCCUGCUCUCACCUCAGGAGAUUGCUUCUAUUCGGAAAGCAUGUGUCUUUGGCACAUCAGCUAAUGAAGCCAUCUAUGUUACCCAUAGUGAUGAGGUAUUUGUAUUUGGACUGAACUGUAGUAACUGUCUGGGGACCGGGGAUAAUCAGAGCACCAUUGUACCCAAAAAACUAGAGGCAUUGUGUGGAAAGAAGAUUAAGAGUCUUAGUUAUGGAAGCGGGCCACAUGUGCUUCUUAGCACUGAAGAUGGAGUGGUUUAUGCGUGGGGUCACAAUGGAUAUAGCCAACUUGGGAAUGGAACAACAAACCAAGGCAUUGCUCCAAUUCAAGUUUGUACUAAUCUUUUGAUUAAGCAAGUAAUUGAAGUUGCUUGUGGCUCACAUCAUUCUAUGGCUCUUGCAGCUGAUGGAGAGGUUUAUGCUUGGGGUUAUAAUAACUGCGGUCAAGUGGGGUCUGGAUCUACAGCAAAUCAACCAACGCCUCGGAAGGUCACAAAUUGUUUACACAUAAAGAGGGUUGUCAGCAUAGCUUGUGGUCAGACUUCUUCUAUGGCUGUAUUGGACAACGGUGAGGUAUAUGGCUGGGGUUACAAUGGCAAUGGGCAGCUAGGCCUUGGAAAUAAUGGCAAUCAGCUGACCCCUUGCAGAGUGGCAGCUUUACACAGUGUGUGUGUUCUUCAGAUUGUCUGCGGCUAUGCACACACACUAGCACUAACAGAUGAGGGCUUGCUGUAUGCCUGGGGAGCUAACACUUAUGGGCAGCUAGGAACUGGCAAUAAAAGUAACCUGCUAAGCCCAGCACAGAUCAUGGUGGAAAAAGAAAGGGUGGUCGAGAUCGCAGCCUGCCAUUCGGCACACACCUCAGCAGCCAAGACCCAGGGGGGCCACGUGUACAUGUGGGGCCAAUGUCGGGGCCAGUCAGUGAUUCUUCCUCACCUCACCCACUUCUCCUGCACGGAUGAUGUGUUCGCCUGCUUCGCCACCCCUGCUGUGACUUGGCGCCUUCUGUCUGUAGAGCAUGAAGACUUUCUGACAGUUGCAGAAUCAUUGAAGAAAGAGUUUGAUAGUCCAGAUACUGCAGAUCUGAAGUUCCGAGUGGAUGGAAAAUACAUUUAUGUCCAUAAAGCCGUUUUAAAAAUCCGAUGUGAACAUUUUCGAACUAUGUUCCAGUCUUACUGGAAUGAAGACAUGAAAGAGGUGAUAGAAAUAGACCAGUUUUCUUAUCCAGUGUAUCGUGCCUUUCUCCAGUACCUUUAUACAGACACAGUUGACUUGCCACCUGAAGAUGCUAUUGGUCUUUUGGAUUUGGCUACAUCUUACUGUGAAAAUAGAUUGAAAAAACUUUGUCAGCACAUCAUCAAGCGAGGGAUUACUGUGGAGAAUGCCUUUUCGUUGCUCUCUGCUGCAGUCAGAUACGAUGCAGAGGAUUUAGAAGAAUUCUGCUUUAAGUUUUGCGUCAAUCAUUUGACAGAAGUUACACAGACUGCAGCAUUUUGGCAAAUGGAUGGCCCUCUACUAAAGGAAUUCAUUGCUAAGGCCAGUAAAUGUGGAGCCUUUAAGAACUGAAACAUAUGGCUGUAAGAAUAUAAGCUGCCUCCACUGGGACUUCUGGAUUGAAUCAUGGUGCUCCAGCCCCCGAAUUUUUUCUAGUUGUGAAAAACCCCAAUAUUGAGUUUUGCCUGUGGACAGAGCUACAGACGCAGUGUCCUGGGAUGCACUAGAAUGGCUGAAGCUGAAUGAAAUUAAUCUAAGCUUCCUGAAGGAGAUGGUUGUGUAUGGAUGCGAAGACUUUCCCACCAGAACAAGCAUGUGAGGGAUGGCUUGAGCAGUGCUUCAGAGAGAUGAGAUCCUCCCUGCCCAGAGUUCAUUUGACAUCCCCGAGUCGUCGUGGUUGGAGAGGAGAGCGCAAAUCCUCCCCUUCCCCCAACUUUCUCACAGCCAGACUCUCAGGACAAGCUGUCUGCUUGUGGUCUCCACUUUGUAUCCUUCCCUUUUCCAUCCAGCCUCUGUCCCGAUUUUGUGAUUGGAUUGCUCUCUCUAUGGUUCCAGAAGCCCCGAUUCUUACAGCACUGAAGUCUGCUGACCAGUGCUCUGCAGUUUUUGUGGUACUGCUCUGUCCUGCAUUUCCUGGCCCUCUUUAGUCUCCUUUGUUACAUCGUCAUCACACGCAUUUGUGUGAGCAUGCUAAGGUUCUCUCUUUAGCAGGAGUUUUAAACCUGGGCUUCAUGAUUUUUUUUCGUUUUAAAAAUAUUUUUCUAAUUGCAUUUUUACAUAAUUGGUUUUCUUUGUGAUCCUAAUGCUUUAUUUUGUGCAUUUUAAAACAUUUAAAAACAUCUCAAGAAGGGAUCCAUAAGGCCCUUUCCAAAAGGAUUUGUGUCCAAGACAUAAAAAAGACUAACUCAUUGCACUACAGCCUCUCUUCAUGAUCUUAUACACUCAUUUGGAUUCAGCUUUCAUCUCUAGGCAAGUGACUUCCAGAUCUGAAGCCUUCUUUCUCCAGAUUACCAGCCCCCUUCACAUCCCUGGCCACCUACUGUGCAUCUCCAUUGGGAUGUCUCAUGGGGAUCUCAAACUCAGAAUCCAUCAUCUUUCCCCUUCAAUCCAGGCUCCCUGCUGCCUUAUUUCUGUCAUCCAAUCAUGCAGGUUCUCAAUCUAGGAAUCAUCCUUAACACACACUCUCAUUUCUCAUAGCCAGUUACUUGUGAGGUCUUGAUGGUUCCAACAUCACAGCAGCUCUUGCUUUUUAUCCUUAUACACUCACACCACAAUUAAACAGAAGUCGGGCCUUUUCUGACUUUUUGCACUUGUCUCUCGAUGGGGCUGCCUACCUUUUUGUUCCUCUUUAGUCAGCCUACAUACAAUUCCCCAGUUAUAAACUGAAGCUAGUCUUACUGUGCUUGAAAAGUUUCAGUGGCUCUCUUCCUACUCAGAUCCAAUACAAACUUCUCCAUUUGGCUGUUAGAACCCUUAGAACUUGCUGUCAGUUUUAUUGGAUAGUCUUCCCUCUCCCUGGCUAUUCUCUAUCCAAGAUAUUCCAUCUCACCACCCCAGUAAGGUUGAACAAAUCAUUCCUCAAGCUUGAAAUGCACUCUUUCCACACCACUUCCUUUCAAGUGUCACCUUCUGCAAGAAAUUCUCAUUAUUGAUAUUCUUCCCGCAAAAUAAUUUUAUAUUUCUUUGUGCAUAUAUUUCACAUUUACUUGUUUUAUAUAGAUAUUUUUUUCCAGUAAGCUUCUGGAGAGCUCCCAGGAGCAUAAGUUCUCCUUCAUUUUUAUCCUUAACUCCCCAGUAUACGUUGCACAAGGUCUGACUUAUAUAAUGGGUACUUUUAAUAAGUGAUGGCUAAAUUGAGUGGAUACCUAGCUGGGAAGAAGUCUACAUCAGAAAGACCCGAUUUCCUAUCUCCCUCAUCUUAGACAUAUACUAGUAUAUGAUCCUAAACACAUAAUUUAACUUCUGCCUACCUCAGUUUCCUUCUCUGUAAAAGAUGAAUCUGAUAAGUGUUCCAGGAUUAUUGUGAGGAUAAAAUAUGCUAUUUUAAAAGUGCUUUGCAAGUCUCAAAGAGCUAUAGAAAUACUAGCUAUUAGUUGUAGUGCUGGUAGCACAUUGGAUGAGGGGGUAGAAGAUCUGGAUUCUCAUCCUGCUUCUGCUGCAAGUUGUAGUACCUCAAACAUGUCAGUCACUAUUGUUUCUGGGCCUCCAUUUUUUUCCUUCAUAAAAUAAGUGGGUCAGACUAUGAGAAUGGAUUAAUCAUUAAAAACCUGAGGCCCACUAACAUUUCAGGAGGGUUAUAAAUGUAGAUUGGAGGAAAAUUAUCUUUUUUUUUUUCAGUAUAAUUAUUUAUCUUAGGCUAUGUUUUUUAUUUUGUACAUUUAAAAACAUUCUGAGAAAAGAGUUCAUGGCAUAGAAGUUAACCCCUGGACUUUUUUUUUUUUCCUAAAGCACUAUUGACUUCUCUCAAACCAUUCUCCAUGAAUGAUUGCUAUCACCACGCAAGAUUUCAGAAUCUAAAGUAAUGCAUUAAAAACUUCACAUACUCCUCUUUCAAACUGCUUUGUAUAUCACCAAGUCCAACCUGUCUUUAAAUAAACAUCAGGUGUCUUACAAACAUAAAGAUCGUUAGCAAACACAAACAUCCCCUAUACAAAAGACCAAAAGUGGGACUAUGUGAAACAUCAAUUUCUGCUAACAUCUUUGUGGAUAUAUAUUAAACCCAAUAAAAUAAAACUGCCCUGUUUCUACCUCUUCUAAACUUAA